AUGUCAACAACUCUACCGGGAUGGAGUGGUGGUGGUGCUUCUGCCUUUGAGGUCGGCGAUGGCGACGGGGUUGGAGCUGAAAAGGGCAUUGCUAGCUGCCUUGGGACUAGAGGCCCAAGUCAACCGGGCAGCCGAAGCACGAACAGCGAUCAGUGCGGCAAUCGCUUUUGGUUAAAGACUAUUGGGGCUGUUCGGGCUCCUGGGGGCAUCACGGCCUCCACUUGGCGACUGCUGGACCUGCCACAAGCAGCGCACAACGAGUCGGUUAAAGAUUUACCUUUCGAGCGCAAUCGCAGAUUCGCAGCCCACGAAGCACCGCCAACCCCCGACGCUCGCUAG